UUUUGGAAGCUUCUUUGGAGUUUGAUAAUUGUUGCAAUCUUUAUUCUAGCUGGUUUCUUAAUAUACAUAAAUUAUACGGAGUAUGCUACGGGACCUCCCCUGACGAUGAUAAACGACACUGCUGCGUCACUAAACGAUGUUUUGUUCCCUUCUGUUGCUAUUUGUAAUAUUAACCAGAUGCAGAGAUCUAUUCUUGAUGCAAGUGGUUUUCUGCAGAGUGAAGAUGAUUACAGGACAAGAUUGAUAAAUUACUAUAUGGAGGGAGCUCCAGCUAAUAAUGAUACAAGCAAAGAAAAGUUCCUGGCAAUGCUGUCUAAACUUGAGAAAACCUAUAAUUGGAAUAGAAACACACCUCUAGCUCCAAUAGCGUCCCAGAAUUGUUCUGACAUGAUGAUGAUGAUAAAAUGGAGACUUGAGAACGGAACUAUGCUCACAACAUACAGAUACGACACAAUACUGACUGCGACUGAUUAUGGAAUGUGCUGCAGGAAAAUAUCAUUUAAACAAACAUGGUUUCCCGCAUUUCAAGCUAUAUUUUAA